ACCGCUCGGUUGCCGUGGUUGCAGGUCGGGCCCAUCCGCUCGCCCGCUGACAGCGAGGCUUCGGGACCCGGGAAGUGGGUCGGUUGGUCGGUCCGGAACGAGGCUCCGGCAGCCAGGCCCGCGCGGAGCUGUUGCCAUGGCAGCCGCCGCCGGGGGCGCGGACGAGGAGCCGCGCUCGGGCCGCUCCAGCUCGGACGGCGAGUGCGCGGUGGCGCCGGAGCCGCUGACGGGCCCCGAGGGCCUCUUCUCCUUCGCGGACUUCGGGGCUGCGCUGGGCGGCGGCGCGGGCCUCCCGGGCCGGGCGGCGGGCGGGGCCCAGUCUCCGCUGCGCUACCUCCACGUCCUGUGGCAGCAGGACUCGGAGCCCCGCGACGAGCUGCUCCGUAAGAUCCCCGCCGGCCGGCUGCGGCGCGCCGCCAGGCCCCACCGCCGCCUCGGGCCCCUGGGCAAGGAGGUGCACGCUCUGAAGAGGCUGAGGGACUCGGCCAAUGCCAAUGAUGUGGAAACGGUGCAGCAGCUGCUGGAAGAUGGUGCGGAUCCCUGUGCAGCGGAUGACAAGGGCCGCACGGCUCUCCACUUCGCCUCCUGCAAUGGCAAUGACCAGAUUGUGCAGCUGCUCCUGGACCAUGGGGCCGAUCCCAACCAGCGAGAUGGGCUGGGGAACACGCCACUGCACCUGGGAGGCAUGACCUGGCACAGGCAACUCGGAGACAGUCCUGCUCCCUCCAGCAGGCACACAGGGCCAGGCCCUGGUGGUCCUGCACUCAAGCCCCUGUUCUUCCUCAGCGGCCUGCACCAACCACGUCCCUGUCAUCACCACGCUGCUACGAGGAGGGGCCCGGGUAGAUGCCCUGGACCGAGCUGGCCGCACGCCCCUGCACCUGGCCAAGUCGAAGCUGAGCAUCCUGCAGGAAGGCCACUCCCAGUGCCUGGAAGCCGUGCGGCUGGAGGUGAAGCAGAUCAUCCAGAUGCUGAGGGAGUACCUGGAGCGCCUGGGGCGGCACGAGCAGCGGGAGCGGCUGGAUGACCUGUGCACCCGCCUCCAGAUGACCAGCACCAGAGAGCAGGUGGAUGAGGUGACCGACCUCCUGGCCAGCUUCACCUCCCUCAGCUUGCAGAUGCAGAGCAUGGAGAAGAGGUAGCAAGAGGGGCUCCCUGCCUCCCACCCUGCCCCUGCCCACCCUGCCCACCUGCUCUCGUCACAAAGAAAAGCCUGGCGCCUGGGACUUGGGAGCUGCACUUGUCUGCAAGGCCAUCGUCCUCACCCCAGAUGCUAUGGGCCAGAGAUGCUCUCACCAACCCAGAGCCUCUCCCAGCCAUGGUCUCCGUCAUCUCCGAGCCAGGACCACAGCCCCAGCUUCUUCCUCUGACCCCCGCGGCACUGCAGCCACAGCUCAGCUCUGGCCGACCGGCGCGGGCCUAGCAGGGCUCACCCACCCCGUGGUCUUCCUGGCACCCUCGGCAGGCCCCAGACCCGCCCCUGUCUCUUCCUCCCAGUCAUGGGCUUGCUGCAGCCAGCAGGGUGUGGCUUCAGGCAGGUGCCCUCGGGCCUACAGAGCUUCUUGGAUGGCCCUGCACCUCUCACCAGCAUUAGAUUCACACUUGGCACCUGACUUCCAAGGACACAUUGCGUGAGCUUCUCUGAGUGGAAGGAGAGGGUUGGGAAAGCCUAGACCCUAGAAAUACAAGGUUAGGAAGGGCCCUGCUAAACCAGAGCAGAGAAGCCCAACCUUUUUUCUCCUGGUCAUGAAGCACCAGGAGGGCCUGAGCCUAGCUGUAGGGGGCUGAAUAGCGGCCCCCAAGGUGUCCGUGUUCUCAUCCCAGGAACCUGUGCCUCUUACAGCAAAAAGACUUGGCAGAUGUCAUACGUUAGGGUCCUCAGACAAGGCGGUUACCCUGAUGGUCCAGGUGGGCCUGCUGUGAUCCCAGGGAUCGUAUGAGAGGAAGCAGGUCAGAGAGCAAGUAGGGGUACGGUGAUGGAGCAAGAAGCUGUUCAUGCCAGGAAGGGGUCACAAGCCAAGGGAUGCCGGCGGCCUCCAGAGCUAGAAAAGGCAAGGAAAUGGAUUCCCCUCGGAAGGAACCAGCCCUGCCGACACCUUGACUCGCCCAGUCAGACUGUUUUAGAAUUCUGACCACCGAACUGUAAGAAUAAAUGUGUGUUGUUUUAAGC